ACGUCAUGAAUCACAUGGUCAAAACCAUGUCUAAAGCAGAAAAAAGCACAAGGAAAAUAACUUUGACUAGUUUUUGAUAUUUCUCUGACGACAAGACAAGAUCAUGAUGAACGCGUUCCAGCUAGAUCUCGGCCUUUUAAAAGAACCACUGGCAUUUAUACGUGUACUGGAAUGGAUAUUUGCCAUAUUUGCUUUUGCAACAACCGCAGGUUAUUCUGGCUCUACAAGUUUCAACAUCCAAUGCCAAGGCAGAAGCAGCGAGGAAAUAUCUGUAUCCUUUGGCUACCCUUUUAGGCUUAAUACCCAGAGUUACAAAGUCCCAACCUGCAAGGGCAAUGACACAUCGGUCAUCACCAGACAACUGAUUGGGGAUUAUUCAUCUUCAGCCGAGUUUUAUGUCACUACUGGAGUUCUGGCGUUCCUCUACUGCACUGCUACUCUUGUGUUGUACCUUGGUUAUCAACACCUUUAUCGAGAGUCUCCUCGUGGCCCCAUUGCUGAUCUGCUGUUAACUGGGAUCUUUACAUUUUUUUGGCUGGUGUCUUCAUCUGCUUGGGGAAGAGGCCUCACUGAUGUGAAAUGGGCAACCAGUCCAAAUACGCUUGUGUCCAUAACUGAAGUUUGUAAACUAUCAUCAGCCAAGUGUGCUGCUGGGCACCUCCCCCUAAUGGGCCGCCUCAAUUCUUCAGUGAUCUUUGGAUUCCUCAACCUUAUCCUGUGGGGAGGAAACUGCUGGUUCAUCUACAAGGAGACACCGUUCCACAGGUCGGCCAUUCAGCCAGAGGGUGUCGGACAGCCUUAAUUAAACCACAGUUCCCAUACACAUUCAUCAAGCAGGUGUUGCUACAGUAUUAAGGUGGUGCUACAUAACACCCCAGCCAACUGAUUUUAGGUGUCUACCUGAUGUGUGACCUGUGUCACAAAUCCGCCAAAGGUUCUUUUCUAAAAUAUCUCCAUACCAUUCAAAUAAGGUCAAAUAUAAAUGAGCAUAUUACACACUACAGCAAAGCUGUAUAUUUAGUGAAAAAGCAUUGUUACAUUUUGAAGGUACAAGGGCACCUUAGCACAAACGUGUGUACGAAAUUGUUCCUUGUGAAAUGUUUUCACAGCUGUUAUCAAAAUGUAACAUUUCAUCUCUUUACUGUCGCUGUUAAGUUUCUGAUCUCAUCUGAGCCUAUCCCAGAAACAAAACGUGAAAAUAUUUAAUUGGCUCCCAUUUACUAAAUGAUAUUUUGAGUUGGAUAUAUACUGGUUUUGUAAUUGUUGUAAUGUUCUCUGUUUAUGGAAAUUGAAGUUGCAAUGUAUAUGCUCAUGCUGUUGUGUUUUCACAUUUGCAUGUCUAGUCCAUCUUGGCCUUAUAAAUUAUCAUCUCAGUUUAUAUUUUCAAUAUGCCUCUGAGUGAUUAAAUGUCAUUUUUUUCAACUGUGUGCCUUAUAACGUUACACUGCAAAAACGUUUACAUGUUAAACCAGGCAAGUAUGACUGUUGGUUUAAAAAAAUAAUAAUUUGCUGAUUUUUGUGUACAGGUUUUGCUAUAUUUGUGAGGACCAAGUACUGAGAAUCAACCUGUUCUGUGAGGACAUUUCUGGUUGUGACGACCUUUUGGGUGGUCCUCACAAGGGAAAUGGCAUAUUAAAUUGUUUUUUUUUUGAAAUUGUAAAAAUGCAAAAAGGUUUCUGUGAGGGUUAGGAGAUAGACUCUAUAGUUUGUACAGUAUAAAAAUCAUUAUGUCUGUGGAGGGUCCUCACAAGUAUAGCAAAACCAACGUGUGUGUGUGUUUAACAAAGACUAGAGCCUUUUUAAUAAAAUGGUUAAGAAUU